AUGGAAACCCAUAUGACAGAGACGCAAAUGGAAAGGGUGAAACAUCGGCUUGGGAUGCACAUGGCUUUUGUAGUGAAAUGGGUCGGGAUGGGUGGAGGCCUGAUGAUGCUUUGCAAAUAUGGAUGGAGUAUGAAUUUGCUAUCGUCUUCAGUAGGGCAUAUCGAUGUUAUUAUUCAUUCGCCAAAUGGGGAUGCUUUCCAUGUCACAGGUUUUUAUGGUCAUCAUGAAGCCCACAGUAGAAAACAUUCUUGGGAGUUGCUACGAAGACUGCACCACGGGGUUAAUGGACCAUGGUUGGUAUUGGGUGAUUUCAAUGAAGUUCUAUCAGCGGAAGAGCAAAGGGGUUGCAGGGAGAGACCAAUUGGACAAAUGACACAAUUCAAAAAUGCCAUACGUGACUGCUCUUUAAUCUCUCUUCCUUUUAAGGGCUACCCCUUCACAUGGGCAGGGAGAAGAAAUGAAAGUAUCAUGACAGAGGUUCGUUUGGAUAUAGGUUUGGCUAAUGCAGAUCUUCUUAACCGAUUCCCUGAUUUGCUGAUCCAACAUCUAGACACUGUGGGAUCGGAUCACAAACCUAUCCUUCUUAAUGUAUCCACUAAUUUGCCUCAGCAACAAGGAAGGAAGAACGCACGCGGAUUCCAGUUUGAACAAAUGUGGGUCCAAGAGGCUAGUUGUGAAGAGGUGGUUAAAGAGGUAUGGAAGGAUACAAGAGGGCUCGAUAGUAAUGUUACUAUUAGUGUUGCUCACUGUGCUGACUCUUUGACCACAGGGAACCACCAACACUUUGGUAAUAUUCAAAAGAAACUGCGAAUUGCCCAUGCUGAAUUAUGCAAACUGCAGAAUGGGAAGUAUGAACAAGUGUGGGUGUCUCGCAGACGAGAAGUUGAAAGAGAAAUAAACAACCUACUGGAGGCAGAGGAGACAAUGUGGAAUCAACGUUCUCGAGUCACUUGGCUUAAAAAAGGUGACCGAAAUACCAGAUUCUUCCACGAGAAGGCUAAAUCCAGGGGGAUAAAUAAUACCAUUCAAGGGCUCUUCGAUGAGAGUAAUGUGUGGCAGUCAGAUAGUGAUAAUAUUGGGUCCAUGUUUUGCAACUAUUUUAAUGGUCUCUUCACUCAGAUAGGUGGUCAAGAUAUGGAACAGGUUCUGGCAGCUAUAACUCCUUGUGUUACAACGAAUAUGAACAAAAUCCUUCUAGGUACUUUUAAUCGUUUGGAGUUGGAGCAAGCCCUUGGUCAGAUGUAUCCAACUAAGGCCCCUGGAAUUGACAGGAUGCCUGCCUUAUUUUAUCAACGCUACUGGCAUAUAGUGGGUGAUUCAGUCAGUGAUGCUUGUCUACGAAUUUUAAAUGGGGAAGGUAGUGUGCGAUAUUUUAAUCACACCUUAAUUGCUUUGAUCUCGAAAAUAACCCAACCUACUCGAGUCACUGAUUUUCGGCCCAUAAGCUUGUGUACAGUCCUUUACAAGUUGUUUGCUAAGGCUUUUGUUAAUCGUUUGAAGAUGGUUUUACCGGAGGUAAUUUCUGAGUCACAAAGUGCUUUUGUUCCGGGAAGACAUAUUAUUGAUAAUGUCAUGUAUGCUUUUGAGGUGGUUCACCAUAUGAAAGGGCCACGAAGUGGGAACGGUGCUAAAAUGGCUCUAAAAUUGGAUAUGGCAAAAGCAUACGACAGGGUGGAAUGGUGUUUUGUGGAGGUAAUGAUGCACCGUUUAGGUUUUGCGGAAAGCUGGAUAACUCGAAUCAUGGAUUGUAUUACUACAGUCUCCUUCUCGGUGCUAUGGCAAGGAAAUCCCCUUGGACAUAUGUCCUGCAUCGAGGUAUUAGACAAGGAUGCCCUUUAUCCCCAGGGAUUUACAGGUCUCAUUCAACAAGCUGAGCAAUUGGGACGUAUCAGAGGAGUGAAAGUGGCAGCUGAAGCCCCGCCAGUGUCUCAUCUUUUUUUUGCAGAUUACUCCCUGAUUUUCCUAGAGGCCAAAAGGGAAGUGUUUGAAGAGGUUAAAGGAAUUUUUGCUACCUACGAAAAAGCUUCGGGUCAAAAGAUAAAUCUUGCCAAAUCUGCGGUGUCUUUUAGCUCAAAUAUAACAACGGAAAUUAUUGAUGCCGCAAGGAACAUACUGCAAGUGCCUGUUGUGGCUUGCCACGAGCGAUACCUUGGGCUGCCAACGGUGGUUGGGAGGAAUCGGCGUUCUUUAUUUCUUACAGUUCAGGAGCGGGUCAAGCGGAAGGUUCAAGGUUGGAAGGAAAUUUUUUUAUCUAAUGCUAGCAAGGAAAUUCUAAUUAAGUCCAUGGCUCAAGCUGUCCCCACCUAUUCCAUGAGCUGCUUUAGAAUGCCUAAGUCUGUUUCAAAGAGUUUCAUUCCAUAUUUGCAAAGUAUUGGUGGGGAAAGAGUAAUAGGGGGAAAGGUUUGGAGGGUCUUUAUGAAUCCGAAUUCUUUGACAGCGCGCAUCUUCAGGGCUCGUUAUUUUCCUGGUGGCUCUAUGGAAAUCCUUGUUGUGGGGCAGAGAACUAUUAAUGGCAGGACUGCGUUGGACAUUGGGAUCGUGAGCUUGUUAAUGCUAGUUUCUGGAAAUAUGAAGCAGAUGCAGUGCUCAGUAUACCAAUGGGAUAUGUAUUACGAAAUGAUGACAGGUUGGUCUGGCACUAUGAGAAAAAAGGUUGCUACACAGUACGAAGUGGGUAUUGGCUUGCUUGUGCAAUUCGAGAUCGUGAAGAUGGAGAGUGUCACGAAGCACCGGAAACGGUACUACAUGCUUUAUGGGAUUGUCCUGCAGCUCAUGAGGAACUUAGACACUUUGGGUAUAUUUGUUGGAAUGUAUGGAAUGGAAGAAAUACUCAAUUGUUUCAAGGCUGGAAGCCCAAUGCUUUCCAAAGUUACCAACACAUGCAGGAGAUGGCAGAAGAAUUCUAUCAAGCGAAUUGCACAUCUUUACGCUCGAUUCAAGACGGAAGCAACCUGGUGGUGA